AAGUAUCGAAGGGUUUUUCUGGCGAAUGCAACGAUUUAACAAUGUGUAAAGAGCCUUAUCAGUUAGUCAUCUUCAAGGCCGCAAGCCACCUUUACCUUUACCUUUGCCAUCAACUUCAAUCAGUUGUUUGCCCAGAACACUCCAUAGAGAUAUCACUAUUUAUGGAUGUUCCAUGUCAACAUCAGACGGCAGACAAUAGAACGACAGGCCAUAAAGAUGGCACAGUGGUUCAACUUCUUAUUUAAAACAAUUGUUAAACUUAAAUCAAGGUGAGAAUAUCUAUAGAGUAACAAAUGUAAUUAACAUUGAUAUAGAAACGAACAAUUUUUAAUCAAACUGAAGCCAGAGCCUGAGAGAUCUUCGUUGAGCAGAUAUAUUUUUUUACUUAUCUACUUUUUACUUAUUUAAUAUCUCCCUUGAUUUACGGAAGUCAAUUAAAGAUCUUAUCGUUUCCCUAAUUUCGGUAGCCCACUUGACUUUUCGUAAUGCUUUCGCAGCACCGUGAAGUGGAAUUUGAUUCUGUUUGCUAUCGAAAUAUAAUAUAUAAGAAUACCAGGAACUAGGUGCUAAAUUCAAAAGCAGAAGGAAGAGGAGGAGGUGGUGGCCAGCCGGAAGAGACGUUCCAGAUCUUAUCGCAGAGAUUGCAAGUGUCAUUAGUAGAUCGCCGAUUGGUGAUUGCUGAUUGGUGGUUGGUGAUUGGUGAGAUUGGUGAGAUUGGUAGUGGGUGAGUUGCCAUCGCAGAUUGCACCUUUUAUGAGGCCACCGAGGCGGCGAGAUAUGAGAAGCGCAAUUCAGUCGCGAACUAUCGAUCGAAACCGCAGCUAUGGGCUGCUCCUGGUCGCGAUCCGAUCCGCAGGAUCGAUCCACUGCCACGCCCAACGCCCUGCAGGCGGCCAUUCCCGUCCAGCGUUCGCAGCGGCGCCGUCGCCAGGAGGAGAAGCGUCUGCGCCAGCUCCAGAAGCUCCAGAAGCGCAAUGCCCGCAAGCGACGCCGCAAAAGGAGUUCCAAUUCGGGUCGCAAUGGUGGCGGUGGUUCCGUCCAGAGGCGUCGGGGAUCGGGGACCAACUGCCGAUCGCGGCCAGAUCUCGCCCUGCAGCUGCGCCUGCUGGGCGGCAGCAAUGGCAGCACGGCCACCGAGUGCGUGAGCGCCCUGUAUGCCAGGACACUGGAGCAGCAGCGCGAGGAGCUGCAGCGGACCGUGGAGCAGCGAACGCUCCUCCAGCUGGAGAGGGAGCUGCACACCUUCCUGCUCAACCAGCUGCUCCUGGGCGUCCAGUUCUUCGGGCACUUUGAGAGCGAAAUGGCGGCGGUGGACGCCGAGUCGCUGGCCAGGAGAGCCAGCUGCUCCGCCGAGAAGCUGGCCGAGCACAGCCUGCUCCAGAGCAGUGCCGUCGAUGUGGCUGUCGCCAGGAAUUUGCUCUUUAAAUCCUCGAAGAGUGCUCCGCAGCCGCUGCAGAAGCCGGUGACGUACGUGGUGUUCGAGAACGUGGACGUGGCGCGACCCCACGACGCCAACUACGACACGGUGGCCUCCCUGUGCAAGGUGCUCCUGGAGACGGACUACUACGCCACCACGCCGUGUCGCUCCGAGUUCGUCCAGCUGAUGGAGCUCACCCGCUGGAUGGGCUACGUGCGACUGAAGCUGCGCGAUCCCACGCCCCCUCUCCCGGUGGUCAGUACUUCACCUGCUCCACCGGUGAGCAGCGAUGAGGAGUGCAUCUACUCGGAUCCCUCCGCCGGAGCAUCCGCCUUCUCCACCUUCUCAUCGUCACGAUCCUCGUCCUCGGGCUACAGUUCCGGGGACUACGACUACGUCUACUUGGCCAGGCUGAACACACCACGUCCGCUGGACGAGCUUCGGUUUCCCCGGGAGUUCGAUUUGCAGCGGAACGUUCUGCCGGAGAGCUGCAUCCGCCGGCUGGCCAACUGCCUGCCACCUUGGCUGGAGCAGACCGACGACGAGGACUCAUCGUCCUCCAGCAGCGAGGAAGAGGAGGAGGAGGAUGAACAGAAUCUGGAUCGGAAGUACCCUCCAGCUGGCUAUGAAACCGUUCAAAUCCUCCGGCAAUGCCGCGUGGAGCAACUGCAGCAGUGCUACCUGAGCUCCCAGCAGUUCAUGCUCUACUUCGGGGAGCUCCUUCGCCAGCAGUUGGCCACCGAACUGGGCAUCACCCAGACCCAACUGUCCGCCGGUUCGUAUCGCGGAUGCAGCGUUUACACCGCCAGCGAGGAGCUGGUGCCCGCCAUCCAUGUGCCGCACUCCUGGCCCGACUGCGCCUUCGAGUUCUGGCUGAGGGCUCGUCCGAUGGUCACCAAUCUGCACACCGCCGAGCAGUUCCAGUGGCCCACGGAGCAGAUGCGGAAGCGUAUCCGCUCGUUCGGCUUCCACCUGGUGCCGGUGGGCUAUGCGCCGAAGCACUCGAGGAACCCCUUCAGGGAGCUCGAGUGGCGCAUCGUCUUCCCGCAGGCGGAGCAGUUCCUCGAGCGCCACUGCCUGACGCCCAUGCAGCUGAAGGUCUUCCAGCUGAUGAAGCUGCUGGUCCGGACCUUCGUGGACUGUUCAUCCGAUGGCCAAUCCCAGGGAGCUCUGCUCGAGCAGCUGCGGGCCCAUCUCUUCUGGCAGUGCGAACGGCACAGCAACGACUGGCCGGAGGAGUUCCUCGGCGAGCGCCUGGUCAGGUUCAUCCGCUCCUUCGACGCCCGCUUGGCUGAGAAGCACCUGAGCGACUACUUCAUCGAGCGGCGGAAUCUGUUCGAGCACGUGCCGGAGGACACGCUGAUGAAGCUGCGCACCAUUAUGGCUGGCAUCGCGGAGCAGCCGCUGCUGCAUGUCGUCCAGGCGCUGAGGAGCCUCCAGCACUCGCCGGACUUCUAUCCGAAGCUGGAGUACAAGCGGCUGCUGGACAACCUCUUCAGCCAGGAUUACCUGGAGCUGCACGGCUGGGGGAAGUUCUCGCGACCCCGCCAGGGAUUUCCCGCCCAGGAGAGCAGCAGGGAGGAGAACCAAGAGGAGCGGGGAAACCCUCCUCGGAAGGAGGGAAUCACCGAUGCGCGGGGACUCCUUGGAUUGGCGCAGCACCAGGAGCGAACGAGGGGCAAGCUGCGCAGGAAGACGCAGCUCCUGAAGGCCACCAACCAGCAGCUCCGGCUGACGGAGGCGGAGCAGCGACGUGGCUCAAUGGACUCCCUGGACCUUCAGUUGUUCCUGGCCCACGCGAAUUCGGAGAUCGCCAAGGGAGGAAACACUUCCCAGCCGCAGUUCAACAACGGCGUGGAGAUCCUGCGAAGGAGCAACAUCCUCGAGGUGCUCCUCGACCAUCUGCUGGCCAUGCUGGGCCAGGCCAUUCGCUUCGGGAACCGCGGACAUGCCCAGCUGUACCUGGAGCAGGGCCAGAGGUUGUGUCGCCUCUACCAGCACUUGGGUUGCUCUCAGCAAUCCCAGCACUUUGUCCAGGAACUCCAGCAGGCAGCCAGCCAAAUGGAAGGCAUGUCCGGAAGUCACCAACCAAGUGGAACCGGAGAGAUCACCCAAGUGGAGGAGCAAACGCCGCCAGUGCGAAGGAAAUCCAUCAAGUUUCAGGAGCAUGUGGCGCAGAUUCACUCGCCAGAUUCCCUUAGCGGAAAAAAUCCUUUGCCGCAGCUCAAAAACCAAAAGCUAAAUGGAAUCUUGAGGGGUCAUCAUCAAGCGGAAACGGAGGAAAUAGAAGUCCUGGAGGAGGAGGAGGCUAUCCAAGCCACCUUGAUCGAAAGAGUGCCAGCCACUGGAGAGCCAAGCGAAGUUGAAGCACAACCACAAACGGAAAAGGAUUCGAGCUCGGGGGAAUCCACCAAGGAGGAAACCCUUCUCUCGCUGAACGGAAUCCUCCAGAGACUCAACUUGGAUGCGGAUAAGGUGCAAGCCCUCAGCAGUAGAACAGAGCAGCUGGUCCAAAAAGUGGCUCCUUCGGAAGCCAAGAGGGAGGAACUCAAAGAGAUCUUGAAGCGCAAGACGCAGAAGCUCAAAGGAGCUUUCAAUUGAAGAUAAUACUACAUAUAUAAUAUAUAAUAUAAUAUAUAAUAUAUUAAUAUAAUAUAUAAUAUAAUAUAUAAUAUAAUAAUAUAAUAUAUAAUAUUAUAAUAUAAUAUAUAAUAUAAAGUAAGUCCCCGAAGAUUAGUGAUAUAUGGUUACAGAUAAGAGAUAAGAACGGAUUUACUAGAUAGCUAUAGUUAUAAGCUCAUAAAUAUCUUAUAUAGUUUCUUAAUACUUCCCGAUUGGUCAUUUGGUAAUGAAGGAAUUCCGUUGAAUUUCCCCAAGAUAAUCGAGUCAUUGAAUAUGUUUACUAAAUAAAAAACCAGUCAGGGAAAACAAACAUGAAAUCUACUCAAUUUUGUUGAUAAACAUCUUCAGCCCAUUCUGAUUAAAGUUAUAUGUGAGCAAUAAUAAAUAAUAAUGAGCACUUAAAGCGUAAUUAUAGUUAUUGCUUUUGUACAGAAGCAAGAUCUUUCAAGUUGAUUGAUAUUCGAAAUGCUUUCAAUAAAUUAAAGUAAACAUUUAGGUUAAAAGAA